ACUCCCGGCGCGCGGGAACCGCGGCCCAACAGCCACAGGCGGGCGGGGCUGACGGGCGGCGCUGGCAGGCGCGCGCCCCCGCCGGCCAACGACAGCCCCCGGCCUCGCCCCCUCGCCGACGCCCCUCCAAUCAGUAACUCUCUCGCCUCCCGCCCCUGCCCGCGCCCCCGACACUGACAACCCGCGCAGAAGGACGGCGGGGGCGGGGCUCCUGGCGGGUGUGUCUGGGCGAGUGCCGUUGUCGCGCGCUCCCCCGGAGUUUCGAACGCAGUUGGCCCUCGAGGCAGAAAAAAAAAAAAAAAGAACGGCGACCAAUGGCGUGGCAGAAAGGACCCGCGCGCAGGCUCGGCUCCGCCUCACUCGGCUAGAAAGAAGUCCAGGCCCGACCAUUGGCUCGCGCGACCUGUCACUCGCCGCUGCGGCCAGCGGGCAGGGGCCUCGCGGUGAUUGGUUCCGCCCAGGCGCGAAAUGUAACGCGGGAAAAGCCGGAGCAGUGACCCAGGCGGCAGGUUGUUAUUUUCGGGGGCUCGGCGCAGCACGUCCUGCUUUCCUGUCACCGAAAGGCAGGCCGGCCGCAGCUUCCCGCCGCUGCAGCCUGCGUUGGGGAGUACAAAGAGGGGAGGGCGGGCCUGACCCAGGGCUGGGGGUCUGGCGCUGGCCGCGGAGUGCCGGCCGAGCCGCUCCGUUCCUUCGCUGGCCGCAGCGCAAGAAGAUUCCGGGAAACGUCCGCCAGCCAUGAGCCGGCGGGACUGAGCGCCGGCGACUCGGGAGCAGCGCGGGCGAGCGGAGCGAAGGGCCAAACCGGGGCUCAGGGAGUGCGGCUGCUGGAGCUGCGGAUCGGGGCCGGGCGAUGAUCCGGGGUAUGGAGGCGCCGAUGGCGGACAACCCGCCGCAGCCGCCGCCCGUCAUCUUCUGCCACGACUCCCCAAAGCGGGUGCUGGUGUCGGUCAUCAGGACGACCCCGAUCAAGCCCACGUGCGGCGGCGGUGGGGAGCCGGAGCCGCCGCCGCCGCUCAUCCCCACCAGCCCCGGCUUCAGCGACUUCAUGGUGUAUCCGUGGCGCUGGGGCGAGAACGCGCACAACGUGACGCUCAGCCCCGGGGCCGCGGGGGGCGCCGCCUCGGCCGCCUUGCCCGCCGCCGCCGCCGCCGAGCACCCGGGGUUGCGAGACCGGGGCGCGCCCCCGCCCGCCGCCUCCGCCGCCGCCUCGGGAGGUGAGGACGAGGAGGAAGCGAGCAGCCCGGACAGCGGCCACCUCAAGGAUGGAAUCCGACGUGGUAGACCCAGAGCAGAUACUGUGCGGGAUCUAAUAAACGAAGGAGAGCAUUCAUCCAGCAGAAUCCGUUGUAACAUCUGUAAUAGGGUGUUUCCACGGGAGAAAUCGCUCCAGGCUCACAAAAGGACUCAUACAGGCGAGAGACCCUAUCUCUGUGACUAUCCAGACUGUGGAAAAGCCUUUGUUCAAAGUGGACAGCUCAAAACACAUCAGCGCCUUCACACCGGAGAGAAACCUUUUGUUUGUUCAGAAAAUGGCUGCCUAAGCAGAUUCACCCAUGCAAACCGCCACUGUCCGAAGCACCCUUAUGCCAGGCUGAAACGAGAGGAGCCCACAGACGCCCUCAGUAAGCACCAGGCUGUGGACAACCAGGCUGCCGCCGAGUGGUUGGCAAAGUAUUGGGAAAUGAGAGAGCAGCGUGCCCCCACCUUGAAAGGAAAGCACGUUCAGAAGGCCGAUCAGGAGCAGCAGGACCCUCUGGAAUACCCUCAGUCUGACGAGGAGGACGAUGAGAAGCGCGGGGCCCAGCGCCGGCUGCAGGAGCAGCGGGAGCGCCUGCACGGAGCCCUUGCUCUCAUAGAGCUCGCCAACCUGACCGGAGCGCCGCUCCGCCAGUAGCCUGGACACCGGCUCUUCCACUGUACAGAAGUACUGCCCAGCGUACUUAAAAAGUAGAUCCGUGGGCAUAAGCUAAGCACCUUAUUUGCUUAUCAUAGGCUGCUAUUCUGUAGAAAUUUAUGAAGAAUGUCAUUGCCCCAUAAUAUGGGGUGAGAGAGAAUUGCACUUUUUUUAUAUGGUAAUGGAUUUGUUGUAAAGUUUAAAAUAUUUUGUAAAUAUGGGACUUCUAGUACAGGGUAGAAAAAGACAUAUUGUGGGAAGCUAGAUUUUGCAAGUUUAAUGCAUUCAUUGGAAGCAGUUCUCACAGGAAGCACUUUCUGAAUAAGACACUUGUAUGAAAAAACAGAAUGGUACAUGUAGCCAAAGAACGUUGAAAUAGAUUAUUUAUAAGAUCAUUUUUAACAAUGUAUAUUAGUAUGUUUAACAAUGCUGUAAACACUGAAGCAAGCCAGAAAGUAUAAGAUAUGUGUGUAAGAUAUGUAUUUUUAAACUGCAAAAUAGUGUGCCUAUUGAGAAGUGGAAAACUGACCAUUUUGGAAGAUGUUCUAAGUUAUGGACUUUGGAAGAGAAGAGAUUUUUGAGGAUCUUGGUAAGAUGCACCGUAGUUGAGAAUUUUCAGAAUUGGAGUAAUAUCAGUCUUAUUCUAUCUUUCUGAGGCUUUACAACUCACUAUGAUAUUUACGUUUGAAAAGCACUUGGCAUCCCUAUUAUGUUAACUUGGGAACUUUUGCACAUUGCAUAUUUCUCAUUUGCUGAAAUUGAGUGAUUAAUCUUGCAAAGUCUAGGUAACUUGGUAAUUGGUUUUGUGUGUUGGUUUUUUUUUUUUUUAAUAUUAUGGGCCCUGUAAUGAGAUUUGGCACUUGGAUUUUUAUUAAUAAAAGGGACAUCUACAGGGUGGUUUUGUAGUGAACUGUUUUAGAUCUUUUGUUAGCAAACACUAAAUUUUAAUUGUACUGCUUGUUUAGAAUUAUUAGCAGAUGGAAGCCUCAUAUUUAUAUUUUCAGUGCAUAAAGCCACCUUCUUGCUUUACUUCAGAAUAACAUGCCAAGCUAUUUUGUGUUCACUAAAUUUAGUUACCAGAUAGUUAAACACUGCAGAAAAUAAUAGCUACUCAAAUAAGUAGGUUUCUGGAAUAGUUUCAACUGCAAGUGUGUUAACUUGUGUGGUGGUUUUAAGCCAUUUUUCCAAAUAGAUGAAGUUUUUAAAUACCACUUUAUGUACUGAAGCAUGAACAGAAAAAUCAAGACCUGAGCAGUUCACCUCCUUUAUGUGUAGGCAUAAACCUCCAUCAUUGAAGCUUUUGUUUAAGCAGAAACUUAAUUUGAUAGAUUGCUUAAUUGGAGUAAACCUCAGAAUAAUAGAGGGAAAUAAUGGGCUCUUCAGUGCCUUUUUUUUUUCUUUUUGAAGUAGUAGCCUACGGACAUAGUUUAAACAUUACCUAAAAUGUAGGCUUCUUUAUCCAAAAAUUCCAGCGUGUUGCAGUUCACAGGUAGUUUAAAAUGCGUAGCCAUGGGGAAGGGGUGGUAUGUAAAUGUCUUGGAAAGAAGCAAAAGUGUGAAAGAUGAUAGUAACAAAUAAUGUGUAUGAAUGAGGACAUACUUUAAAAAUGUAAUUCCUCUGUACAGUAAAUUACAAAUCUUGAGGGAUUCUUUUUUGUAAUAAGAGAAUUUAUAUUUGUAAUGGUCUAAGAAUUUUGUUUGUAAUCUGGUAUAUAGAAUUUUAACUUGCAGCACUUAUAAGCACAGUAAGAGAGACUGUAGCAUCAGAAUUUUCAUGGUUUAGGUUUCAGCAUUUUCUCUAGAAUUUUUCCUCUCAAAUAUAACUUAAAUGAACUAUGAAAAGCAACACUCAUCAGCCUUGGGAAAUUUAAAAUUUGAUGAACUUACCUAAAGAAGGAAGGGCAGUAAAUUGUAUUAAAAAAUACAAAUACUUCCCAAUUCAUGGAUAAUAAAAUUUAAGGCCUUCAAAAGUAAGGGUUUUUGUUUCUUUUUCUGGUCAGCCUUUGUCAACUAUAAUAGUUAUAUUCACAAACAUUUUUUAUUUGUAUAAUUGGAAGUUUAAGAAAUUAUUACAAUUACUAUAGAAAUAUUUAAAAUGUUCUUUUUUGAUAUAAGCUAUAUACUUGGACAAAAUACAUUGGCAUCUAAAAUUUGAGGUGUGUUAAGACUGCUUUUUGUUUUAAAAAUGUGGUUUACAUUCAAAUUUUUGAAGUGUUUUAUGCUUCAUAUGGCUCAGUUGUAGUUUGGCAGAGAUAACAGCAUAAGAAUAAAGAUGCUGUAAUUUUAAAAGAUGCUUUGAAUAAAAAUUUAUUUUAAUUUA